AUGAAGAUAAACAUUCAGCAUCUAAAGAAUAAGUUUGUUAUUGAGGUUGAUAAUUUGGAUAUUACGAUAGAAGAACUGAAGAAGAAGCUUGAGGAAACCAUGGGCGAGUCUGUUAGGAUUCCUGCAAGCGAGCAGACGCUCAUUUUUGAGCGUGAAAAGCUUGAAGACAGUAAAAAGCUUGGGGACUAUGUAAAGGGAUCCACUGAAGAGAUAAAGCUAUUUGUUAUCAAGCAGCACAAGAAUCCAAAUCCUAUAUCAAAGCCAAGUAACAUUUAUCAAAAUACAAGUGCAUCUGAUGUUCAGUCCCAUGGACAGGGAGGAGGAAAUCCUUACAGUGGGCAAGCGACGCCUAACCCCUACGCAGCCUUCGUGCCACCGUAUGGAGGAUACGGAUCUCCCCAGCAGAUGUAUGGGCAGAUGCCAUAUGGAUACGGGUCUCCCCAGCAGAUGUACGGGCAAAUGCCAUAUGGAUACGGGUCUCCCCAGCAGAUGUACGGACAAAUGCCAUAUGGAUAUGGAUUCCCACAGGGAAGUGGGCCUCAUGGACAAAAUGAUGGAUACAACGAGGCAUUCUCAAAUGCUAUGAUGCAGCAGAUGGAGCAAAUGCUCAACAACCCAACCUUAUUGGAUCAGGUACUAAAUAUACAGAAUCCAAGCAUGACUCCGGAACAGAAGGAAGAACAAAAGAAGAUGCUAAAGGAAGCUUUGAACAUGAUGAAAGCAAAUCCGUCUCUAUUUCAGCAAGCUCUCACGCCGGAGAGACUAAGCUGGGCACUGAACACGAUGAAUGGAGGGCAUGGCGGAAUGUUCCCAUCAUAUCCUCCAGCAAUGGGAGGAUUCAACCAGAGGGAUCCACGUGCACCAUGGAUGCAUGGAUAUCCCCCACCGGGAUAUGGAGGCCCGAGACCGGACCACCAGGCCGACGAGCAGGCAUAUCUUGUGCAUCUAGAACAGCUUAAGGCUAUGGGAUUUGAAGACGAGGAUGCAGCAAGGGCUUUGAGGGAGGCUAGAGGCGAUAUAAACAGGGCCUUGGACAUUCUCCACGAAAACAAAAACAAGAAAGCCCAAGAAAACAAUGGAUCCUCUCCAAAGAAUUAA